AUGAAGAUUGAAGAGAUACCAGACACAAGGGAUAUAGACUAUGGGAAAAUACUACGAAAUUUGCAGAAUAUACCACAACCCCCAGAGAACUAUCACCAAGAUUUAAUGAAUCUCGAAACAUCAACGCUUUGGAAUUUAGAUGUUGUACGGGCAAUAUCAUUACAUGCAAAUCCCAACUUAACAUGGUGCUCAGAUGCCAAUGCACAAAUUGUUGAGUCAAUUGUGCAUAAGAGAAAAUUUGAUGAGUAUCUUCACAGCUUUAUUCAAGACGACUUUUGUACAAGGUUGAAAAAGAUAGAGAAAAUGGCGCAAUGGGGUAAAGGUAAACAGCUGGCUUUAAAGCCUCGUCUUUCUUUCCAAGAGCAAAACUUUGACGCAAUCCCUUUAGCUCAGGCAUGGUUUUUGAUAGAAGUGACAAAGAAUGGGGAUAAAGAAGUAUGCAAGUUGAUCUUAUUGCUCAUCAUUGACACUUUACAAUUUGACAUCCCUGCCAAAAUUCAAGCUUGUAAAUUGCUAACACAUUUGAAAAUCGACAACACACCAUCCAUAAUGAAUUUAAUAGCUCCCUUGCGACAAAAUUUGGCCAAAUGCUUGCAUCACGUACCGAGUAUAACCGCAGAGAUAGAUUCACUUCUGUUGUUGUCUGUGGCGUAUCCAUGCAUCUACAGACUUGAUAGUGAAUAUGGCACCGAUUUGAAUUUCAUUGAAACAAUUGCAACAAUCUUGUCUUCUAUAACCCAUGUUAUAAAAUACCCAAAGCUAGCAACGUUUCUCCUAGAUCAGCUAAGAAUUUGCAUCAGCCACAUUGGCAUUAGUACCCUAAUAAGCAUUUCUAAAGUAUUUUACACAUUGAAUCAGAUUAUCACAAAUAUUGGGAUUUUGGAACAACUGCCGUCAAUUAUACUGCAUGCAUUGGAUGUGGAAAAUGAUAUCCUACAACUUGAAUCACCGAUGGUGUAUUCAUUCGUCUAUGAUCUUAUGGGAGCAUACUACAUCCUUAGAGUAAGAGUCGAGACGUAUAAUAUUGAAGGAUUGCACAACAGCAUAUUACGAAACAUCUUUUCAUUGAAAAAGUUGGCUAUAUCAUGCGAUAAACUGUCUGAUUUCGAAGAUAUACAGGAUUCUAUAAACAAGAUUUAA